AAUAACAAUAAAUACAGAAAUUUUUAGCUUGCAUUUGAAGAAAACGCAAUUCAAAGUGCACCAGUGUAUCUUCGUGGGGAUUUUGUACAAUACUCUGAACUCGGAAUUCGUAGUUUUGUGUAAUGCACCUGUCCAUAAAAAAUUUAUUUUCAUUGCGAAAAAUUUAAAAUGCAAAGAAUUGAAUAACGUGAACGUUUGUUUUGUUUUUCUGCAUCUUAUGUUAAAAGUUAAAAUUGCUCAUUUACUACUCCAUUUUACGCCUCCCACUCGUGGUUUUCCUCCCACUUCAACUCCACGUUGCUCCUCCUUUUUUCCAAGUUGUGUCGUUAUCUCCAGAUGAGUUGAUACAACUUCAUUCACACAUUACUUGGCUUCAAAGCCGAAUCAAUAUUUAUCAUUGUUGGUAAAAAACCGUCCAAUGGCAGUUUUUAAUCACGGAAUUUCCUUGUGCAUAUUUUGUUGUAAAUUAAAUACUAAAAAAGGCAUUUCAAAGCAAGGUCGCUAUAAACGAUAAUGAUAAAACAUAGGUAAUCUGAGUUAAUUAUUGUUUGUUGAAACAAUUUGAUACGUGGCUUGUUCAUGAGUGUAAUUUGUUGUUUUUUCGCGCAUAAAGCCAUUCAAGACUUUAGUGAAAGUUUUCGUAAACUCGAGCUAUGCAAUUUUUAUUCCGUUAUAUUGUUCUGCACUACUAAGCAGAUAUUUGGUUAAUAAAUUAUACUGUAGACCAGUUUACAUUAAUGUCUGAGUAAGCGGGGAUAAUAACCACUAUUCAAUUACAUACAAUUUAUUCUGUUACUAAUUUAUUUGUCGCGUUCCAUACUUUUACAAUGGUGGGUUUUAACCACUGGUAACUCCAACUUUGUCACUUUUCUGGGGGCUGAAUUGAUGUCAUUAUAUCACUGUCUCCUACAGAAUAUUUUUUUAAAUCCCAAAAGGAUUGCCCAAGGAUAUUUCAAACAAUAGCGAUCGUUGCGUAAUUAAGUCAUUAAAUAACGGAAAAUCAAAACUUAAUAAUUUUCAUCGUUCAAAAUUAAUUAGCCUGCCCAAUUAUGAUAAUGACUGUGACGUUCGUUCCAAAAACCACUAAUUGGUGCAAAAAUAAACCGAUUCCCUAAUGGAAGGUUGCCUUAGUUGUGUUUGUUGUGAUUACAUCAUAGCACACGAGGUAACCCAGAUCUAUGCAAAAUAGCUUUAAUUGUCUUUAUUGUUACUUCUUGCUUUUGGUCAAAAACCCAGCACAGGUCGAAAGAAUCCGCCGUGCUUGUGGCAGUUGGUGUGUACAAAUCCCCGUCCAAAGUCGCCUUGAACUGAAUCCAUACCAAUGGUAUUUCUCUCCCAUGAAGAGGGAAAUCGCACCAUCUCGCAGACUCCAUCCCGGAUGGUAAAAAGCAGAAGUAAAAGUGUUGUGCGAAUGUACAUUUCUCUUAGACUCCUCACCAUCAAACGCAAUAGAUAAAGAUAACCUGCAUACUGGUCGUAGGUGAAAGUAUUCUAAAGUAGGUAAAUGGGUUGACAUCCCCACGGUAGAUUUCUCUAUCACCAUCUCAGUCCCGCACUACACCAGCAGGUGCACCAGAAGAGAACGGAACGAGGUCACAUGAUCGUUUUCUACAACGAAUACCCCACUUUCCAAAUUGUUCUUCUGCCACUCUUCGCGGUGUCUACCACUCUGCACCUCAUGUGCACGGUUUUGAUCCACUCUACCCCGGCAUUUCAUCCCCUCUUGGGACGUGGUGGCACUCCCAAGGACACACUUGUCAAAUUUUAAACUUUGUUUGGGGUUUUCGGAGCGGGAAAAGUUGUGAUUUGAUUUUGUGCAAUUUUUUGUGAUACUAUUUUUAGGUGAACCAUGAACUUCCCCACGUUCGGUGUGGGCGUCCCCCUAUCGGCCGCCCUUCCAGUGGCCACCCAAUUCUCCGCCGGAAAAAUCACCCAAAGUGUUACAACUCCCAACGGACAAGUCGUCGGAGUGCUGCAAGGAGGAGAGAAUGGCGUUCACUACAUCAGGCCUUUGGACGCCAAUGCCUUCGCAACCGCCACCACCCAAGGCCAGAGCACGGGCCCCACGCAAACCCUCAUCACGUUACCUAUCACCAUGCCGGGGGCGAAGCCCGGCGACCCCCAGCAACACGUCCAAAUCCAAGUUGUUAACCCCGUGCAGACGCAGGUAUCUGACACCUUCGGACAAGGGGCGACUGUCUUGACGGUGGCGUAUAACCCGAACCAGGAGGGGGGCAUCCAGAUUGUGGAUGGCCAGAACGGAAUUGCCGAAGGGAUGACGGUUGUAGCCGCCCUUCAGCCGCAAGACAUCCAAUUGAUCCAAGCCGAACCUGACAAAAACAACAAGGACGCAACCCCUGUUGCUUUAAUUAAAAACGAACUGGGCAAUAAAGAGGAGGAGAGUAACGAAGCCGGAACUUCCAUCACUGCAAUCCCCGCCCAAUAUUUACAAAACGCCAGCGUCCAGGAAUACCUACAGAAGAUGCAACAACACAACACGUUACCGCUAAGCCUUCACCAAUUUCUAAAAUUCAAUAACCCGGAAAUCAAGCGGGAACAGCUCACCGGUGAGGGUGACAUCGAGGCGAUUAACAUCUCAACUGACGAUCAGGAGCAGCUCAUUUUGAACGAGGUCGAAGGCGAGAUGGAGACGGAAGAGAGCGCCGAUGACCCCGACAAGGGCAAGAAGAAGAAGAAGUACAAGAAGAAACCACCGAAGCCGAAGAAACCCAAGCCGGGGCAGGUCCACAUCGCUACAGCGCUGGACGGAACGACGCUGUUUUGUUGCCCGGAGUGCCACAUGGCAUACCCCGAGAAGGAACUACUCGAACAACACUUAGUGGGGCAUAAAAUCGAGCGGAGGUUUAUUUGCGACAUCUGCGGGGCCGGUUUGAAACGCAAAGAACAUUUAGAACGGCACAAGUUGGGGCAUAACCCGGAGAGGCCGUUCGUGUGUACGGUCUGCAUGAAGGGGUUCAAGCGGAAGGAACAUUUAAAUCUCCAUUUUGUUAUUCAUUCGGGGGAGAAAACGGAAAUCUGUGGGGAAUGCGGGAAGGGGUUCUACAGGAAGGACCAUCUGAGGAAACACGCCAGAUCUCAUAUAACCAGACGAGCGAAAGAGCAAGCCGAGCGGAAUCAGAAUAUUCUGAUCAAAGAACCGACAACACAAGUCACAAUACAGGUCCCCACGUCUCAAAUGCAGAUCCCUGUGCAGAUACAGGUGCCCCAACACCACAUCCAAGUUACCGCCAAUUCGGAAGAAGACGGCAACCAAGUCAGCACUGUGGUCUUGCCAACUGCGUCUGAAGGGAUCAUGCUGCCCCAGAACUAAACUAGGAAAUAAGUACUAUAAGUGAUCUUAAUGAACAUUGUUACACUUUUUAUAAUGUAUAUAUUAUAUGGACAUAAUAUUCAUAUUUAUUCUCUAUAUUUAACGAGAUGUGUAGUUUGUUGAUGCUCCACGACGUGGCCAUGAUCUGAAAGAAUUGCCACGUGAACCAAUCCUUGUUGGUCUGAAUCGAGUUUAUUUAUUUUAUUUUUAUAUGCUGUUCUUUAUUUUUAUUUAUUCAGUAUUAUUGUUGUCAGACUAACACUUGAUCAGUUGCAAUACUUGUACAAUUCAAUCUGUUGGAACCAAAGGUUAUUCAUUCUCUAAAAGACACCCCGCCUCUCUGUACGUGGAACCGAUUAUAUUUUGUACAAAAUGAUUAGUUUAGUUGGUUUUGGGUUUAAUCUAAUUUGUAAACUUUGAGCAAUGUAUCUGUAGUUCGCUUUGUUUCUGGGAAAGUUGGUCAUAUUUAUAAUUACGAUUUAUGUUAAUUUUAGUAUAAACUCUCCUCGCGUCGUUUACUUAACAAAUUUUUGUUUUAAAAAAUUCGAGAGUUUACUACCGGCUAGGUCAAUGAAGACUGCGUUUAAAAUUUGAAUAAUUCAAUUUGGACUCUUGAUUGUGAUCCAUAUGUAGGACGUAAUUUAGUUUCACAGGAUGUUGAAACUUGGAACGAAUGUUGAAAUUUACUGUAUUUUUUUAUACUACUGACAUUUAAUUACAUUACAUGAAAAUAAAGACGUUUCUUUUUUA